CAGUAUAAAUAUAUUGGGUGGCCAGCGGGCAUUGUUCAACGAGUGUCAACACGGACUGAUAUUUAACGAAUAUUGGGAUAGAGUGUCUUGCUUCAGUUAUGGGGACAGUCAUUUGGUUUUAUCUCUCCUUCUUCUUCAUGAGCUCUGAAGCAAUCACUAGGACAUUUUAUAUUGCUGCUGUGGAACGAUACUGGGAUUAUAAGAACAGCAGCCUGCAAUCUUCAGAGCACAGGUCACAAAAUGCAAAGUCCCCUGGUUCUUUCCUGUACAAGAAGGCUGUAUAUGUAGAGUACACUGAUGCCUCUUUUACACAAGAAAAGCCACGCCUUGAAUGGACAGGUCUUUUGGGUCCCACGAUCCGUGCAGAAACAUAUGAUACUCUUGUCAUUUAUUUUAAGAAUCUUGCCAGCAUUGCAUACAGCAUUCAUGGAGUGGGAGUAUCAUAUGGAAAAAGCUCAGAGGGAGUGCAAUAUGAAGAUGGGACCAGUCCAUUGGAAAAUGCUGGUGAUGCCGUGCCACCUGGUGAAAUGUACAUUUAUGUUUGGGAAAUUCCUUUAAGCUAUGGACCAACAGCAUCCGAACCACCAUGUGUGACUUCUGCCUAUUACUCCCACAGUAAUACUUCUUAUGACACAAAUGCUGGUCUUGUGGGUGCUAUGCUUAUUUGUAAACCAGGCUCUCUCUCUGCCGAUGGAUCUCAGUUUGGAGUACAGGAGAGAGUCCUCCUCUUUGCCAUAUUUGAUGAAAGUAAGAGUCACUAUACAAUGACAAAGGAUGAAGAACCACACCACACAAUUAAUGGAUACACAAACAGCUCCUUGCCUGUACUUGUAAUUUGUCGCCAAAAACCCCUUUCCCUUCAUGUCAUUGGAUUUGGCCCACACAACGAAGUUCACACCAUCUCGCUUGAAGGACAUAGCUUUGUAGUAAGAGGACACCGGGUCAUUUCUCUCCCAGUUACUGCCUUCACCUUCAUCACUGCCUCCAUUCAGCCAGGAGAAAGAGGAAAAUAUAACAUAUCUUGCCAGAAUCCUUUGCACCCAGCAGGCAGGAUGUCGGCUGUUGCCAUGGUACAAGAUUGUGCUGAAGAAUCUGUGAAAAAAAUGCGUUUUAUGGAUGUACACGAUGAUGAAGAUGAUGAUUAUUAUGAGUCUGAUAUUAUAGAGAUUACAGAUUAUCUGUCACCCAGCCAUGUUCGGUCUCAUGGAAAACUUAAUCCUGUCAUAUGGAAACAUUACAUUGCUGCCGUGGAAGUCGAGUGGGACUAUGUUCCAUCUAAAGAUGAUGAGAGCUCCAGUUAUAUCAAGGCAGUAUUCCGAGAGUUUACAGAUGCUCAGUUUCUUCAUCCCAAAGUAUCAGAGCAUGCUGGAACAGGGAUCCUGGGGCCAGUGCUGCGAGGAGAAGUUGGAGAUGAGAUCAAGAUUAUCUUCAAGAAUUUGGCUAGUCAUCCAUAUAAUAUGCACCCCCAAGGAUUGCGAAGUGUGUCCACCGCAGAACCCUACAUGACAGGGGAACAAGUGAUGGAAUAUCCCAUUUAUCCAAAUGAGACCAUUACAUAUAUUUGGAGAGUGACACAAGGAGAUGCCCCAUUGUCAUCUGAUCCACGUUGUCUAACAAGACUGUAUUCAAGUUCCCUUAAUACACAAAAAGAUUUAGCAUCUGGGCUUUUUGGACCUCUUCUCAUCUGUACAAAGCAGACUCUUGACACAAGAGGAAACCAGAUCAGUACAGAUAAAGAACACAUCCUGGUGUUCUUUGUUUUCGAUGAGAGCCUUAGUUGGUAUCAGGAGAAGAACAUUAAAAGGAUAAAUGGAAGAUCAGGAAAACAAAUCUCAAACAUGAACCCUAUGAAACAGAACCUUCUGUACACUGUGAAUGGGCUUCUGGACUCUCUGCACCUCUCUAUGUGUGUAAAUGAGGUUAGCAUAUGGCAUAUUCUUAGCCUUGGACCAGACCUUCUCUCUAUUCGUUUUGGAGGCAACACAUUUAGAACAGACUCUGGCUAUCAAGAUACCCUCACCCUUUUUCCAAUGAGAGGAGAGACUAUAAAUAUGGACAUGGAGAAGGCAGGGCACUGGACUAUAGUCCCUUUGGACUCAACUGUAGAAGAGCAGGGUAUGACGGUAUGGCUAAGUGUUUCAAAAUGUCUAAAUGAGCAGGAUGAAUUCUAUGUAUAUGAAUAUGAAGACUUUACUGAGGAGUUGCUGCAUGACAUACCUCCCCCGAGCCCACGAGGCAUUCAUCACAAACUUCAGAAGCCUAUGAGCAUUAAGCAAAACGACACAGAAGAGGAAGAAACAUUUGAAAACAAGAACUUGGAAACUGAAAACUCUGGGGCCUUUGCAAGUUUGUCAGAACUCAGUGAGAAAACUCCACAAACCGAACAGGUUGCUCUGACUUCAGGAGAGACUCCAGAGGAAAUAUCAGAUGGACUGUCCAGUGAAAAGUGGGAAAACAAUGUCAUGAAUCAAGAAGGGAAGAAGAAAUAUUUAGGCAGUAACAGCACCAUUGAAAUGAUGGAACAUGGAAUAAGGGGAGAUGAGUUUUAUGAAAAUUACAAUGAUGACUUGGAAGAUAUUGAUAUGUAUGAUGAUGAACAGGAAGAGCACUGGGAUCAGGACCCUCGCAGUAGUAACGGGCAUCUACGCACCUAUUUCAUUGCAGCUGUCGAAGUGAUGUGGGAUUAUGGGUCAGAGAUAUCUCCUUAUUUCACAGUUAAAACACCUCGUGAUUCACAUGGAUUCCCACUGUACAAGAAAGUGGUUUUUCGGGAGUAUCUAGACAUUAAUUUUAUGGAACCUGCAUUACGGGGAGAGAGAGAUGCUCAUCUUGGGUUACUGGGACCUCAUAUACGGGCAGAAAUCAAUGAUGAAAUAAUAAUACACUUUAAGAAUAUGGCAUCACGCCCAUUCAACUUCUAUUCCAACAUACUGUCUGUGCAGAAUGAUUCAGAAGAAGGUGUUUCUCCUCAGGGCACCCGUACAUACACAGGGCGAGUGAGCAAACAAUUUGGGCCUACAGAGCCUGGAGUCCAGUGCAGAAUCUGGCCUUACUCAUCAAAUGUUAAUUCAGAAAAAGACUUACAUUCUGGACUCCUGGGACCGUUCAUUGUCUGUCAUUCUCACGUUCUCAGCAGACAUUUUAAUCGCCAGAUUUCUGUAAGAGAUUUCUCACUUAUGUUUAUGAAAACUGAUGAGACCCAGAGUUGGUACUUCAGUGAGAACCUACAGAAGCAAUGCCCUCCAGGCUGCAGGGAAGGUGGGGCUACGUUUGCUUCCUGCCCGUUAGCUUGCACCAAGAUCCCUCUUCUGGAAUUUCAGCAACGACACACAUUUCAUGCCAUCAAUGGAUACACAGAGGAUUCUCUGCCUGGACUUGUCAUGCCCCUGGGACAAAAAAUACGAUGGCACCUUCUUAGUAUUGGUAGCAGCAAUAUCCUUCCUAUUCACUUCCAUGGAAACAUACUCACAGACCAUGGUAAAGAAGAGCAUCAAUUAAGCUUGUUGAAUUUGUAUCCUGGUGUCUCAGUUUCCUUAGAAAUGGUGCCUCAGUCGACUGGUCUCUGGCACGUGGAAACAGAAGCUGAAUAUCCAGUUUCUGAAAUGAUGGCACUGUAUCUUGUGUAUGAUCCACAGUGUCGGCAGCCUCUAGGGUUGUCAAGCGGCAAAGUCGAAGAUUCCCAGAUUUCUGCAUCAGGACAUUAUGGCACCUGGACACCAGCUCUUGCAAGACUCCAUAAAAGUGGAUCUGUCAAUGCCUGGAGUGUGAAUAAUCAAAAUUCUUGGAUUCAGGUUGAUCUUCACAUCCCAACCCUUAUACACAGCAUUCAGACGCAGGGUGCUCGCCAGAGAUUGCUUUCUCUGUAUGUUUCCCAGUACAUUGUUUCCUACAGCUUGAAUGGGAAGUCCUGGAUCCAGUACCAGGGAAAUGCCAGCAGUAACCAAAUGGUCUUUUUUGGGAACGUUGAUUCCUCAAGUGUUCAGGAGAAUAAUUUUGACCCUCCAAUUAUUGCUCGCUUGAUUCGACUCCACCCAACUCACAUAAAAGGACAAGCAGCUUUGCGAAUGGAAAUUUAUGGAUGUGAUAUUACUAGUUGCUCUCUCCCACUUGGUCUACAGUCAGGUACCCUCCCUGAUCAUCAGAUUUCUGCUACCUCUUACCUAAAUUCCAUAUUUGCUUCAUGGAAUCCAGCCUUAGCAAGACUAAAUCGGCCUGGCCGUGUAAAUGCAUGGAGACCACAAGUGGAUGCAAUUGGUCAGUGGCUUCAGCUGGACUUUGGUCGUCGUAAGAAGGUGACUGGGUUAAUUGUCCAAGGAGCACGUUCAGUAUUUAUUCCCAUGUUCAUUUCUCGGUUUUCUCUGAGUUUCAGCAAUGAUGGUCAUACCUGGGAGACUUUAUCUGACACCAAUGGACAUCGCAAGAUAUUUCCUGGUAACCAGGACCCUGAAACACCUUUCUCAAUCACCCUGGACAAUCCAGUUAAAACGCGUUUCUUAAGACUGCAUCCUGAGAGCUGGAAGGGUGGAAUUGCCCUAAGACUAGAAGUUUUAGGGUGUGAAAGCAAAUAAUAUAAACUAUAGGGCCUACAUAUAUGUAUAUUGGUUGGAUUAAAUAGUAUCUAUAUACUCUGUUAGGUUAAAAGUAAGCAUUACGAUGUUGUUAAGGGAAGUACAUUAAUGUAUUAAUUAGAUAGUUUGGUCUGAUACAGUUUUGCAUGAAUUGCUUCUACCUUUACACUUUAUUUACCAACUUAGGUCACUGGGUUCAUCUUCUAGCUGCUAAUUAUGCACACAUCAUCAUAAAUCUCCAUUCUAACCUUCAUUAAUCCUUUCUCUCUCUACCACACUCCUGUUUUCACUUACAUCCUCCUUUGUUAUAGUCAGACUCUUAAUACCCUCUGUUACUCAGUCCACAAAAUCUAUGUUAGCUUUCAUCACCUUAAUUAUAUCACCGCUUUACUCUUCAAGCAUGGCCAUAUAUCCAUAUUACUUUAUUUCAUGAAGCAACCUCCUCAUGCUAUUGAGUAAGGAAUAAAACGUGCACUUGUGCAUUAUUUAUAAUAACAAUCUUGCUUUACUACUUCAUUAAGUACUGAACCCUUGUGUUUUCAAUAUCUAUAUGUAUAUAUAUAUAUAUAUAUAGUGAUUUGCUAUAAAAAGUGAGUCCUGCAGGGCCUGUCGAAGCACACACUAUUGUCAAGUAGCAAUUUUUUAUAGUUUGUAUAAAAACUUUUGAAUAAAAACAUAUUCACAGUCUUAAUAAAUGUCAGGUAACAGUACAUUAAUUGUAAAUGUGUAGGAACAAUUCUUGUGUUACUGGCCCUUUGUGCAUAAAAUAAAGCUUCUUGCAGAGCAAAAAGCAAAACCAUAAAUGCUACUAGGAAAUGCAUAGAGACGUUUCCUGGAUUCUGGGACAUGGCUCACAUAAUUUGUGUAGGAAUAAAAGAGAAAUUUUUAAUACA